AAAAAUUUGAUUGACCGUUUUUUGGAAGAGGAAACUUCAAAUUUGACAACAGAAAAGCAAGUAUCAACAGAAACAACAGAGAAGUCUGAAGACAUUUCCGAUUCAUUAAAAUCAGCCUGUCAUCAAUAUAAACGUGGACACAAAUCAGCUCUUCGACAAUUGGAAACAAAAGCACGCAACACACUUUUCUUCAUUUCUCCUCAAAUUACGCCUGAAAAUGUUUAUUCAAUUGCUGAAAAGAUGGUUAAAUUGUGUUUGGAAGAUGAGGCUCAAACUCGUUUUUUGGCUAAGGUAAUUCCAAUAGAAGAGACUUGUUAUGCUAGUAUGCCACAAAUUUUGUCAUCUCUUAGUGGAAUGCUUUCAAAACAUUUGGAAAAAUUUUCAAAAGAAUUUGAUUUUCCACCUUGUUAUGCAAUUGAUUUUAAAGCUAGAAAUACUCAAGCAAUUGAAAGACAACCAGUUUAUGAUGAAGUUGUUGCUUUAAUGAAUGAACAAUCUAAAGGAAGUAAAGUUAAUUUGACUAUGCCUGAUUUGUUAAUUGUUGUUCAUGCAAUCCGAACAGUUGCAUUUCUCUCAAUUAUUCGCAAUUAUGCCCAAAACAAAAAAUAUGUUUUGAGAAAGCCGCCACCAGCUGAAGAAAAUAAAGAAAAGAGAGAAAAAGUUGAGGAUGAUAAUAAAAUUGAUGGUGGGGAAAAUGAGGAUAAGUCUGAUGAAGGGGAAGAAGUUGUUAAAAAUGAAAAGGAGGAAGAGGUUGAGGGGGCUGGGGUGGAUUGA